AUGGACUUUCCCAGCGACGCCAUCACCAAUAUUAGCGCCAUUAAUGGAUUCUCUGUAAUACAUUGGAGAAUAUACACCGAAGAAGCCGCUAUUGGCAAUCUAGCUUCGGAAAUAGCCCCAACCAACGGCUACAAUAUUCUUCGGCACCUAAGCAGGCUAAAAGAUUUAGAGAUUCAAUUGCGAAAUCUCGAUUGCCUAGUUUCGUGUUAUCCACGACGUCUUGGUCUGUGGAUUUUCUCGCCGUCUCCAGGUUUCGAGAACUUGCUUCCACUCACUAGGGACUCGGCCGUCCAAGGCUCUAGGGAGUCAACAAAGUUAACUCUUGGUGCAUCAUCCUUGAAAGUCUCUGCGUCCGGCAGCAUCACCGCCGCAGAUCUCAUCAGAUCUCUCUCUGCUGAUGGAUUAACGCCAGCUGGGGGCACGCCUGGUCAGUCUAGAGCACCAGGCCCAGGACCCAGAUCGGGCGAUACGUAUGCUAUCUAUGCAUCAUUUAUAACAGCCGUUGCCGGGGCCAUUGGACUCCAACUCACCAGGCGUCAUAAUGCGAUUCCUCUAGGCACUCGGACUUUCUUCACGGCCCUUGAACGGAGUUUCUACGAUAACCCAACUAUACUUAAUGAUGAUGCAUGUUCAAUACCCGCCUUGACAACUCUUCGAAUUGAGCUUGUACAAACGGGCAAAAUCAUCGCGGCUCUACAUACUGUCUAUCAAGACGGCAUUUCACGUCUGGGAGGGCCUGAUUUCACCAAGAUUAGCCCGGCCAAUGUACAACCUAAUAUUGAUGUCUGGCUCGCUCCUAAUGGGACUGUUGCUCGAGUGAUCACUGUCGAUACAACGCUCUCAACAGCAUUUGCCCCCAAGCAGGCGAAAAAUGAUGUUUCCGCACGCCAAAUCACAGAAGCCAAACAGAGAGUUUGGAAGGCAACGGUCUUAGAAUGGAUGAGUAAUAUUGGUCUUCCAGUAGAUUCCUCUGAGAAUGAGCAUUGGAUUGAAGUGGAAGUGUCGGAACCUUUUUACGCGCGACUUGCAGCUGAUCACUUACGUAAAAUGGAUGACGGUCAAUCGUCAUCUCCUCUGAAACGAAUCCUCUGGCCUUCUGGGUACUGCUUCAGGAGAAAGAAGGUUUCUUCGAGCAGUUAUUCUGACAAGCUCUAUAGUAUCACUACUGACAGUGUAGAUCCAUUGCAUUUCGCCGAAAACUGGCUGGAAACAGCUACGUUACGGCAUGAAAAGCCUACAGAUAGAUCCUCAAAAGUUCCAGAAGUGAUCAAAGUGUCUUCGAUAUCAAAAUCAGAAGUUCCCGAGAAGAUCGAGAGCCUUGCUCGGGUGGUGCACUAUCCAGAUCUCCAAGGCGCAGGCUCUGUCUAUCCUACACCACCAGACGGGGCUCAAGUCUCGGGCAUCAAUCCCAUCGGCUCCGAUACUCUGGGCACCGAUGGUCAGGAAAUGGCAUUGUCGCAUAUCUCUGAUUCUGCAAAACAGCCGGAGCACGUCAAUGAAGACUCUAGUGGCGAGGCCGCUCUUCAACCCAGAAAUGAAUUGGAAGUUGGAACUGGUCUUUACGACACUAACGAUGAUGAUGGGCUAUUUAGCGACAUGAACGAUAGAGACUUUGCAACUAAAGGGAUUACAGAUGCCGAUUUUAAUUUCUUCGAUGACGAUGAAAUGGAUGAUUUUUUGGCCGACGACCCAAAAACCGAACAUCCUCAAGAUAUACAACAUCCAUCAUUAGCAGAUGGCGCUGAAAUUCAAUUUCUCCAGGAAGACGUCAAAGCAGAUCAAGUGGCCCCGAAGGAUGAUAGAAUAGAGCAGUUGAGGGAACCACAUUCUCCAAAUAAAAUGGAGAUUGAGUCCGAAUUGAAGGUCGACACCCAGCACCCAACCGCGGAGCCUCGCAAUCCAACGUUCAAAGGACCCUCAUCCAUCAUUUUAGAGGAAGUCAUGAGCACUUCUCUCAGUCCAGUCGAUAUUAAGAAAAUUCUGUUUUCAAAGGAUACGAAACCAAGUGGUGACAUUAAUAAAAUCUCCAGACCAUCGAAUUCAGAUUUUGAAAAAAAGCAGAGUCGAUAUAAUGCAAUCUCAUUCAGACAAGACAUGUCGCUCUCAGAUCAGAAGUAUGCAAAUGCCGGGCGUUUCUUCUUCAUGGCAAACAAAGAAUGUGAUGAAUCUACCAAUUUAGCCCCUGGAAUCCCCACCAUUGGCUUUCCUCGAGGGCGCAAGCCCGGACCUCGAACCAUUUCGGAAGAAGGGAGUGCAGAUGCCCGUCAAUCAGACUCGGUACAGACUGUGCAACGAAGCGCCUCGGUGUCUAGCGAUGAAACGAGUCUUGAUAGUAGUGAUGACUAUUCUGAAACCGAAACUUCACCAGUCAGAGCAACGACCUUGAAGCGAAAACGACCGCUUUCUGAAGCGGAAAAAUCCACAACAUCCUCGAUGGAAAGACUUUCCAUAACGUCUGAAGCGGAGAGUCACGUUUCCAAAGAAGAUACUUCGAUAUUUCUGGGAAACUUUUUCUCUGUCUUUGCCGAUUGGUCUUUGGUUGGGUACUUCUCGGCCAGACAGAGUUCAACUUCCUCCAUUUCGAGUCGCAAAGAAGAUCAGAUGCAAGUCGCUCAGCUGGUGGUCGAUCAAUUUACCCAAUCAUCGUUAUGUCACAACAUUGAUGGCUGGGAAUCCGUUCUAGAUCUUGAAAAUGAAGCCGUAAAUCUCCAUACAUGUCUUGAAGACGUUACGGCGAUAGGUGAGACCGAGAAGUUGGAUUUGAAAACAUACGUGUCUCUACACGAUAUUCAACAAGCUGUCAUUGAAACUCCAUCAACGCGUCCCAAUCUCCAGCGCAGAGAUAUCAAGGGCUCGAUUACAAAACUACCACCUGCGCACUUACGUAUUCACCGUGGACGUGACUUCUUAGAGGUGCUGCCGACGUCAAUGCCCUUUUGGGAAACAUUUGGAUUGGCACCUGCGAGUGGACAGAAAGACAUCUCCGCAUAUUGUAUCUGUCCCCAAUUUCUGGGUGAUGAAGCGGAUGCGUUUCUCACACGAUUAGAAUUUCUCUACUCUAGUUGCAACUUAGGUUUGUGGAACAUCGCGAAUGGGGAUGGAGCAUACGUACGGACAAUGCAAUCAUUGCGAAGUCUGUGUGAAGGUUUAGGGAAUGCAUUGUCCAAAGCGCCUCCGAUCAAAGAAAACUUUGUCGUCUACAUUAUCAAUCCAUUCACGCAUGGGACGGCGUUUGCCGAUAUCUGCUCGACUUUUUUGCAGCUCUUUCACAAGUACAUUGGCGAUGUCGAUAAAGCCUAUGCCAAGAGCCAAUUGAAUGAACUUGUGUUGCAAAUCGUGCCGCUGAGUUUUGUGUUCUCCUCGACGUCGUUGGUGGUUCCCACUCAGUCGCAAUAUCUCAACCUGGCUCUUGAAGUGUACAGCCGAUGUCCACCAAAAGAUGCUAAUACUGGCAUUGUAGGCUAUGCACCGCCAGUGGUGCUAGCGAAUGCUGUUCCCAAAGCAAUUAAUUUCAGAGUUACAUCAGAGCGCUUUUCCCCUUUCCAAGAAGGCCGAUGUCUUCAUGUUGCUGUAUCACGGAGUGUUGAUCAGCGUUGGAUUAGCGCUGCAUGGUCUGACAAUUCAGGAUCAUGUCAAAUUACCAUGUCAUACUGCGUGCGUUCUCGGGGCUCGAAUGUCAACCGCAAAGUGUCUGAAAUACGUCAGGAAAUUUGGGAGGCGACAAAAGAUCUAAUGGAGCGAACACAGACCAGAUGGAGAGUUUUGUUGGUCAGGACAGAGCCUAUCGAUCAGGAAGAAAUUGAUGUGUGGACUGGAUUCGCUGAACGAUAUAAUCAAGCAAAGACGUUGCCGGUUGAAUUGACUCUUUUCAGCGCCAACAUUGCGCCUGGUCUUUGUCUAGAACUCCCAGCAGGCCAACUGCAUGCCAACGCGAUGAAUCCUAUGGCAUCGACUCCGGCGACUACUCCAUGCGGCGGGGUCUCGUCACCAGACCAGAUUGGGGUCGCAACGCCGGCUAGCGGUGGAUUUGGUAGCCUAAGUUAUAAUAACACCGCAGUGACUCCCACGGAUACACCGUCUGGGCUUAUCGACCCAGAUUCCGAAGCUGUCCUUAUUGAUGCAUGCGAGGAAUCAUGGGCAAUUAUUUUAUCACACCGACUAAGCAACUCGACCUACAUGACGGAAUACAAACCCGCGCUCGUCAGUGGAUACUUACUCCGUAGAAAAGGAGCGAAUGACAGCCAGGGAGUUGCAGCCAUGUCGUUAAAUUUGGUACACACAUCACGACCAGCGGCCUUUCACGAGGUUGUGCUUAAGGAAGCACUAAUCAAUUAUCGUGAUCUGGCGACUUUGGCUCGUGCUAAGGGCACGUUACAUGUACAGCAUAACACUUUACCAUGGCAUAUUGCCACGGCUGUGAAGGGACAGGAGUUAUUGAGUUAUAUUCUAUAG